CCUCACAGCCGCUCCGAGCUCCGAGCCGCGAGCGGGGGGUCCCCGACGGCAGCGGCGGCGACGGGCGGAAGUGACGCGCUGACUGACAGCCUCAUCAACAACAAUAAAGAUACUGAAUCAGAACAAGCUGGCAAUUUUGUUGAUGAAACAUGGGGGAGAGCGGACUCCAGCUGGCUCUUCAGCAGAUCCAUUGGCCAGUUGACAGAAAUAAAACUGCAAGAAACCUGACACAGAAAGCACACGCGGUGAGAGGAGACAGGCAGCAGAGGCAGGCAGGUUCUGUUUCUGGUCAUUGAAGAGAAGAUCAGCAUCUCCCCUUGCCUUUAAGGGAAGCUGCAGGGUGUGAUGAGAGCCCCCCUCUGUCUCUUCAUCUCUGAGCUGAACAAAUGCCGACCCAUCAUGUCCGACAAACCAGAUUUUGCAGAAAUUGAAACAUUUGACAAGACCAAGCUGAAGAAGACAGAAACCAGAGAGAAAAAUCCACUGCCCACUAAAGAAACUAUCGAACAGGAAAAGCAAAGUGAAAGUACAGCCUGAGCAUAAAAUUGAAGAUGUGGACUGCUGCUUCUUCAGUGGGGUUUUGGCUUUUGAGUUGAGUUGUUGUUUUAUUUUGUCCCUCCCACCACAUAUUUGUUGCCCAUUUAUUUUAGGAAGCAUUUGUUCAUUUAAUGUUCACUGAAGAAGUUUGUUUUGUGUUUGUUGAAGAAGAUACUAUGUAUUUGUAUUCUUAAAAUUAUAAUUCCAAGUUCUGUAUCAACCCCAUUACUUGGCAAAAAAAAAAAAAAAAAAAAAAAAAAGGGCAAUUUUCAUAUAAAUUGUUUUCCUAAACCUCACAAUAAACAGAUUUCUUCUGA